UAAAACAUGGUUUUCCUCCUGGCGGAUGAAUGCUCGGAACUUCCUUUCUCUACGAGCAGUCCAAAAUGACUUCGAAAAGAAGGAAUAAUGGACGAAGCAAGAAGGGGCGGGGGCAUGUGCAGUUUGUUCGCUGCACAAACUGUGCAAGAUGUGUGCCGAAAGAUAAGGCCAUUAAGAAGUUCGUCAUCAGGAACAUUGUAGAGGCGGCUGCUGUUCGUGAUAUCGCUGAUGCCAGUGUAUAUGAUGUGUAUGCCCUUCCUAAGCUGUAUGCUAAAUUGCUGUACUGCGUUUCCUGCGCUAUUCACUCUAAGGUGGUGAGAAACCGAUCCCGUGAAGCCAGAAAAGACCGAUCACCCCCACUCAGGUUCAGACCCAUGAGGGACAAUAACGCUCCACGCCCCGGAGCUCCAGGAGCCCCUGCCCAGACUCGCUAACUCAGCACUCAAUAAAAUGUGAUCAGUCUUAA